CCGCUCAAAAGCUUGUCUGGGUUAAUCCCCUUGUUGGUGCCGCAUUCGACAUCUGUCAUUGUUCGUCUUGUGACCUAGUGACGGGCAAUGAUGGAUUUGAAGCAAAACUCCGCCGUAGACUCCCUAUCUCCAGCCCCCUCUAAACGAUCCUGUCAACAAUCUCGCCUCCAUGAGAGGCAGGAGAACGGCACGGUUACCGGCUUGAAUGUCUCCGCCGCCUUCUCGCUUAUCGCUCACGUCGGGUACUAUAUUGCACGUCAAGUUAUGUCACGAUUCGCCGCAACAUGUACAGGCGCAAGCUUCAGUCGUCGCAAUACAACGUCCCAUCUCCCACCACACGAGACUCGGGGUUACCAGUUCCCGCCGCAAUCUCCCCUCCGAAGCCUGAUGGGGUCCAUUUUGUGGCCUGAGGAUCUUAUGCGUAGUUGUUCUCUUUGCUUCCUCCAUCGAAACGAUUACAAACGGGUUGCGUUUGCCCCACGCUACGCGGCUUGUUGGCAGAUUGACAUUCCAAGACGCCUUGGUGCCUUGUCCGAGACAGUCGCCAAGAGCUUCUCUGCUGCGACGCGAAAAACCCGCGGGGCUUACAUACACACUGGCCAGCAUUGAGCGCCGGCGUGCGAAACUGAUUCACCGAUCAAAUCUUCCUUUUACGGUCGCCAAGUGCGGCGGUACCAGGUCUUCGGAUAACUUUCCUGUCGAUGGAACCGUAACGAAGUUCGCGAGGGUUUCGAUACUAUCUUGUCAACACGAUAGCGCAUG